AUGUCACACGAAGUAUCCAAAGUAGUAGCAGUAUUCUUAGUUGAAUUCGAUACAAAGUCAGGCUAUAAACUACAAUGGUCCAAACUGUACUCGCCUCUCGCUAAUUUUUCACUCGAAGGGGUCGAGUACAAGGUAUUGCCCAGUGGUGUCCAUGAAACAAAAGAAGCAACCGUAUUUAUAAGUCAGAAAGUGGGCGGUGAUAUAUACUACGGGGUAAGCUGUUUCAACCAGUUCCAAAUCAGAGAAGUAGCGGAAGACGAAGCCGUUGAUAGAGAGAAUUUAAGGAUGUAUGCCGCGGGCGUGCUUUGCAAGCCCCGGGCAAGUGAAUGGAAACCAAAUGAAUUCAUAAAUAAUGGCUGGGAGUACAUUGACGAUUUGAAAAAGAUCCUUGCAGAGUUGACUAUCGCGGUAAGGCAAAACAACUUCACCGAGUCCACUUUCAACUUUGACCUGUUUUUCAAAGAGUCAGACACAUUCGGCAAGAUCUCACCCACGUUAUUGCAAACAACCCAGGAUCAUCAAGAGAGCAGGAAAUCAAUCAACAAUCAAAACCAUCUACUUUUGAAAAUGCCCCAGUUGCUCCACGUCUUGGGCCCGCUUGUAUUUGUCGUUUUCAAGCAAAGUCUCUUGCGGAAAAACAUCUUAUUAUUCAAUGAGUUGUUCUUGCAUGCUCCUCAUCUUGGGGAUGACAAGCAACCGAGGGAAACAACGGAAACCAAAAACAAAGACCAAUAUGCUCUCGCAACCUCUUUUAGCUAUUUGAUUGCCGUGUUAUCAGUGAUCCCCAAAGACAUCAAAUUGGCAAACAAUCCCGAAUUACGCUCGCAGCAGCCGUUGUACAACGUGGGAUUGAAUGAAUUACAAAGCGACGUGUUUGAGCUGGCUGGUGCGCAAAGCGGAUACAUUGCAUCGACCAGCGAUGAAAUUUUAAAGAGCCACAACAAGGUUUACGACGUGGGAGUCGAAGUCGGCGACAGCGUCAGAGUCUUUUCAAAUCAAGCUUCAAAAGAUCCCUUCAAACCACAGCAAAAGAAACUCAAGGCCACGAUUAGAGACUACCACAAAUUUCAAAAACUAUACACUCAGUACAUUUCCACCAAGAGCGCCACUUCAACUAGCCACUUAAAUAAUGAUUCCACAAGUAAUCUCAACAAAACACCAUCAAACAACUCGAGCCUCACAGACAUGUCGCCCUCUGAAGAACUCGCCGAGUUCACCACCACCACCGCACCUAAACCACCUCGUAAAACGUACACGGAUUUAUCUCCACCUUCAGCUCAAUUGUCCAAUGAACCUAGCUGGUGGCGGUCCCAAGCCGUUGAGCCAGUAUCCUGGAGCGAGUCCGUGUGGUCAGCAUUUCUGUGGUUUGCAUCCGCGGGGCAGAAUCUUGAUUCCGAAGAUGAAUGCACUCAGAGCCCCAAAAUUUCAAAAACGCAAAACGCCCAAAACGUCCAAAACGUCCAAAACGUCCCCGUGGAAUCCAGUUUGGAACUAUCUGGUAUACUUCAACUAAUUGGUUAUUUCCAUAAACUCACUUUGAGCUGGUUCAAUCAUAUAGACCAAGUCUUGAUGGAACGCCAAAGUGAAGAAGAGGCGCAUUUCGAAUCGGCCGAGGAUCGUGCUUUGGUUAGACAAGACUCCAUCAAUUUGCUACAUUUAUCUUAUCAGGAUAUGCUUGAGAUGGAUUUGGAUCCUUACAGUUGGUCCGAUAUUGAAUUUUUGCAGGAGUUUGUCGCGUUGUACUAUGGUGAUAAAGUUGGCAAAUGUCAAAUUGGAUACAAUUUGACUAACAUCUGCUGUUAA